UCAACCUCAUCAUUAUUUACUAACCGUCACCACCGUUUAUUAACCGCGACUAACCCUGCCCAACUCAGCAAAGCAACCAUCUCAUCUCAUCUCAUCCCAUCCGUUCCGAACACAGAAUAACCGAACCAAUAUGUCAGACCCCAUCCCCUCCGCCACGACAACCACCACCUCCGAACUCCCUUCAGCCUCAGCGGCCGCUGAAGAUCGCAAAGCCGCCGCCGCCCUCUCCUCCUUAAACACCACAGAAAUCACCUCCGAAACCGCAGCGUCAGAAACCAAGCAGCCGUCCUCAGCAGAUCAGGAGGCGCUGGGUAAGGCGAUGAGUCGGUUGGAGAUUGCGGCAGAGGGUACAAAGAGCCAUGCUGGUUCAAAGGGGAAGGGCGAGGGUGGAAGUAAGACAAGUGAAGCUAAGAAGAAGGCUGCUGCUGUUGCGGCUGUAAAGGUCUCGGGGGACGAUGUGUCUUUGUUGGUUGGAAUUGGAAGGAAGCUGAUUGGCUUACUUCCCCAGAUGAAUGAGCUAGACCUUAGUAAAAUCAAAGCGACGGAGCUUUUGAAAGCGCAUGAGGGGGAUUCAAGGAAGGCAAUCCGGGCGUUUAUUAGGCCAGCAACUGCUGUGGCCUAGGUUUAUGUUGCAUUUGCUUGGGCUUCUUGGGUUGCUGGGAGUAGGUCGUUUGGUAUACAGUACUGCCAUACUUUCACUGGAGUUGUCUCAUUGGGUUGAGAGAGUCAACGGGCUUGGCUCUGAGUCUGGCGUUUGGUUCAUUCUUAUACUACGGAGCUGGUAAAUGAAGAGCUAUGAGUUAGUUCUUCGUCCUAACUGAUAUUUGAUUGAGCAAAGCUCUUUCUUGUGUCAUAAAUCAUGAUCAUUUCUCGUAUA